AUGUCGGAUACAUGCUCUAGUAGAGCUCAGGAGGGCGUAGGAGACGAGUUCAAUGCUACAGAUGAUGCAACCACACUGGGGCUUUGCCUUCAUCAUCUGAUAGACCAGGUAAUUAAGACGAAUUCAGAGAAUGUCGCCGCAAUUUGUGGCGACCAAAAAUUAUCUUAUGCGGAGCUCGGGGCUCUCGUGGACCGAUAUGCUAGCAUACUAGAACAACAUAGUGUCAAGCGUGGCGAUCUUGUCGGCAUCGUGCUCGAUCGGUCUCUUAUGCUUGUCGUCGUACUGCUGGCUGUUUUGAAAGCUGGUGCCGCAUAUGUCCCCAUCGAUCCAACUUUUCCCCAGGAUCGUAUUCAUCAUAUGCUGGAAGAUGCAGACCCAAAACUCGUGGUCGUUGAAGCAUCUACAGAGAGCUCAAUGUCUUUCUGGCGCGGACCUGCCCUGAAUAUCGACACUGUUGAAAAGAAGCUUCCGCAUUCUACUACUGCUUCAGACAGUCAUGUGGACCCUGAUGAUCUCGCGUAUGUGAUAUACACGUCAGGUUCGACCGGAAAACCAAAAGGGGUCGAGAUCAGUCACGAGGCAUUGUGCAACUUGUUGCUCGGGAUAAAGAGCACGUCCGGACCUGGAUGUCGAGCAUCGGACCGACUCCUCGCCGUAACAACAAUCUCUUUUGAUAUCGCCAUGCUAGAAAUCUUUCUCCCGUUGAUCUGCGGUGCGACUGUGGUUGUUGCCCAGAAGGCAGAAACGAGGGAUCCACGCGCGCUAAUGAGUAUGAUCAAGCGCCAUAGUAUUACAAUAAUGCAGGCCACGCCUGCUACUUGGCAAAUGAUCCUCGAGUCUGGCUGGCAUAGCGAUGUCCAUCUUUCCACGAUCAUAUGUGGUGGUGAAGCACUGCCUCAAAAACUUGCAAAUCGAUUGCUCUCGUGCGCGGAAUCUGUAUGGAACGUUUACGGCCCUACGGAAGCGACUGUCUGGGCCAGCAUGUGGCGAGUGUGUCCAGACCAGCCUGUAGUGAUCGGAAGGCCAAUCAAUAAUUAUCGACUUUAUGUGUUGGAUAACAAUGACCUCUCUAGGGUUCCUAUUGGUACCGAGGGCGAAUUGUUCAUUGGUGGCGCUAGUCUGGCUAGAGGAUACCACAAAAAGCCUGAGAUAACCCAAGAGCGGUUCAUACAUAAUCCGUUCCACCCGGGCUUGAUGUAUCGUACAGGAGACCUAGCACGUUUCGACUCAUUGGAUUCCCUACGCGUUUUGGGGCGUGCCGAUGGUCAAGUCAAGAUUCGCGGUUUCAGGAUCGAGGUUGGAGAUAUCGAAGCCGCCAUCACCGAUCAUGACGACAUUGCAGAAGCUGUAGUGAAUGCUCAACAGGGGAGACUCGUGGCUUACUGUAUUCGCAAACAGAAAACACAAACGAAGAACGGGUGCGAAGACUCACGGAGCAUUGAGACUUUCUUACGACCUUUCCUAAAAUCGCGACUGCCAGAAUACAUGAUGCCGGCGUUCUAUCUAGAACUGAAGGAAUUCCCGAUGACCCCGAACAAAAAGAUCGAUCGCAAAGCUCUCCCAGUACACACCGAAGUUGUUAAGCCGCAAGCAAUGAGUCAGCAACCACAGACGGGGUUGGAAAGUAGUAUUCGGCUCAUCUGGUCAGAAGUCCUCGGCCAUGAUCGCAUAACGACGGAAGCGAAUUUCUUCGAAAUCGGAGGAGAUAGCAUUCGGGUAAUCAAGGUUCAGAAGGCACUGGAGCAGCUACUCGAUCGAAUAUUGUCUCCCGCGAUUCUAUUCGAGCACUUCACUAUCAAAGCGCUUCCAGAUCGCGGACUGUCGACGAAUCACAUAACAGCCGACGAAAGUAUAGCCAUAGUUUCUAUGGCUUGCCAGCUCCCGGGAGGAGUGACCAGCCCUCAGGAGUUCUGGGAUCUCCUUGAGCGAGGCGCUGACGUCAUCACAAGCGUUCCGAAGGAUCGAUGGGACGCCGAGGAACUAUAUAGCGCUGGAUUAUCGUACUGUCGCCGAGGCGGGUUUCUCGAUUCCGUAGACGAAUUCGACGCCCCCUUUUUUGGGAUCUCACCGCGUGAGGCCCGAUCCUUAGAUCCUACUCAACGCAUUGGCCUCGAGACGUGUUGGGAAGGGCUAGAGCGUGCAGGCUAUACGGCAGGUCAACUACGUGGCAGUAACACGGGUGUAUAUAUGGGAGUGUGCACCAUCUCCGCCCACAACUCCUCAGUGCCAAGCUUAGGAGAGCUCGAUGGAUACGCCAUUACUGGUACUGCGGGUAGUACACUUUCCGGCCGAGUUUCGUACGCAUUUGGUCUCGAAGGUCCAAACAUGACUAUUGAUACUGCGUGCUCUUCGUCGCUUGUCACAACGCAUCUAGCAUGCAAUGCUCUACGACAAGGAGAAUGUGACUUAGCGAUAUCAGGCGGCAUAAGUCUACUUCUCAGUCCAGCCAUGCAUGUCGAGUUCAGCCGACUUAAUGGUAUGUCAAUAGACGGCAGGUGCCGCGCAUUCGCGAACGAUAACUCGGGUACUGGCUGGUCUGAAGGGUGUACAGUUGUCGUUUUGAAAAGACUCAGCGAUGCUAUGCGUGAUAAGGAUCAUAUUCAUGCAGUCAUACGAGGAACAGCUGUCAAUCAUGGCGGUAGAAGUGCCCCUGGCCUGACAGUUCCAAGUGGCAAAGCGCAGCAACGGCUUAUUCAGACAGCCUUACAGGCGUCACGGCUAUCACCAGGCGAUAUUGACUUGGUCGAAGCCCAUGGGACGGGCACCCGACUCGGCGAUCCAAUUGAAGGGGUAGCUCUGGCAGGUGUCUAUGGCGGCAGUCGAUCAGUAGACGACGAACCGCUCUGGGUCGGCAGUUGUAAAAGCUCGUUUGGUCAUACGCAAGCUGCAGCUGGUCUGGCUGGUGUAAUAAAAGUCGUUAUGGCCAUGAAGAACAAUAAGAUCCCUCAAACCUUACACGCUACAAAGCCCACUCAAGCAGUCGACUGGGAGGGCUCCCGCAUGGCGCUGGUGCAGGAGGCACAGCCCUGGCAUCCUCGACUUAAGCGGGCCCGGCGAGCAGGAGUGUCAGCUUUUGGAAUAUCAGGGACCAAUGCCCAUGUUGUGGUGGAGGAGCCUCCACGACAGAUACCUGAUCAUCAGUUGGAUCAAGAUGAUGGAGACAGUGAUGUGGAAGCUACGGAGCUGCCACAUUACCAGUCAUUGGAAUCGAGACGAAGCGUAGCAAUGCCUUUUCUCCUAUCAGGACAUACUGAAGUAUCGCUGGCCCAACAGGCUGAAAAACUCAAACAACAUAUCUCUGCCCAUGGGCAGGGUCCCAAUUUCCGCUUGAGAGACAUUGCUUUCUCCCUCGCUACUACACGUACGCUGUUUGGGAGACGCGAUAUAGUCUGGGCUAAAAAUCGGACCACGCUGAUCAGUGGACUUGACUCAAUAGCACAAACUUCGUCCGCAUCCAUACCAGCAACCUCGACCUCACGCCUUGCAAUGCUCUUCACCGGUCAAGGAAGUCAAGCUUGUGGUAUGGGCAAGGGCCUCUACGAAGCCUACCCCAUUUUCCGAGUGGCGCUCGAUGAAAUUGUGGCUCGAUUUUCUGGACUUGAUGUGCCGUUGCUCGAGGUUAUGCACGCUCCAAGCGGAAGUGAAGCGGCAUCCUUGCUGCAGCGUACUGACUAUGCGCAACCAGCAUUGUUUUCGCUCGGAGUGGCCUUGUGGUCCUUAUGGAAAAGCUGGGGUGUAGUUCCAGACGUACUUUGUGGCCACUCGGUUGGCGAGCUAGUUGCAGCACACGUCGCUGGAGUACUGAGCCUGACUGACGCAUGUAUUUUAGUGGAAGCUCGUGGCCGCUUGAUGCAAGCUGUGCCCAUGCAAGGAGCAAUGGUCUCUCUUCAGGCCAGCUGGGAGGAGGUGGAGAAGGCAAUCGAUGCACUGGAAUUGAAUGGACAGAUUGACAUCGCUGGACGAAAUACGCCGAUGCAAACGGUAGCUUCAGGAGAUAUUAGUGCUGUCGAGCGGAUUGCUUCGUAUUUUGCUGGCUACGAACGGAAGACCAAGCUGCUUGACGUAUCGAAGGCCUUCCAUUCGCACCACAUGGAUACAAUACUGACCGCUUUCCGAUCGGUGGCUGAGAAUGUGGAAUUCAAGAGACCACAGUUGCCCAUUGUCAGCACUCUAACAGGGAGGCUUUGCGAGCCAGGCGAGAUGGAGACACCCGACUACUGGGUCCAACAAAUCCGCCAAGCUGUUCGCUUCACUGAUGCGGUCCAGACGUUAUUCUUGCAGGAUACGACAAGUUUUGUUGAACUGGGACCUCGACCGAUCUUAGCCGGCAUGGGCGCAGCAUGCCUUGAGAAUGAGCAGACCAUCACCUGGUUACCAUCAAUAAUACACGGCAAGGAUGAAGCCACAACUAUACAACGUAGUCUGACCGAGUUGCAUAAGAAAGACAUAUCCAUUGACUGGACUGGAUACUUUGGCUCCAUAAAAGGUUGCCAGCGUGUAGAAUUACCAACGUAUGCCUUCCAUAAGGAGCGAUAUCCACCUUUACGCAAGAACACUCUAUCACCACCAGAUGGACAUCAAGGUCUAAGCAUGAACGCCAUCAAGGCGCAAGACAUGAACGACCCUCCAGACGCGAGCAUUGAGCCACGUGCGACCGAGCUCGCAAUUACAUGGAAGGAGUCCAGUAGCAAGGGAACUAUAACUGCAGACCCGUCAAAAUUGACAGGUACUUGGGGGAUGAUCCGAUCGAACUACAGCGGCCCACUGUCGAUGAAGAUCAUGGAUGGUCUUCUACAAAAUGGCCUAUCGGUUCGCUGGGUUGACCUUCAGGAUAUCAACACAUGGACCGACCUAUCUGGGCUUCUAUGCGUAUGGGAGCCUCAGGUCGAAAAUGACGUUGAUCACGUGGAACAACUCACCACAGAGGCUUUCGCUCAGUUGCAGGCGAUCAUCAGAGCGCAGCUAGCACAGCCUCUACUAUGGGUCACUCUCAACGCGGUUGAUACAGGUUCAGGUGAAAUAGAGCUUCCGGGUUUGCAUUCGUCAACUCUCUGGGGACUAAUGCGAACUGCACGGAACGAACACACCGAGCUGAGUCUCCGCUUGGUAGAUCUAGACAUCAACUUGGCGGCUGAUACCAGCCUGGUGAAAGCACUAGCCAUGAUCAACGAGCCUGAAUGCGCUGUACGACACAGCGGGAUCUUGCUACCAAGAUUAGAAAACGUGAAUAUCACUUCCAGGGGAGCGCAACUGCUCCGCACAGAUGGAGCGGUCAUUAUCACUGGAGGUCUUGGAAGUCUUGGUCGCCGUGUCGCCAUGUGGCUUGCCAUCUCCCACAAUAUACGAGAUAUAGUGUUGCUAUCCCGUCGGGGAACGGACACACCGGGAACAGACAGCUUCGUCAAAGAGCUUGCCGAUGCUGGUGCUCAGGCCACGGUAUUGUCUUGCGACAUCGCUUCUCGUGAAAGUGUGGAUAAUGCCAUCUCCUUGUUCACUGCACUGCGACCAUUACGUGGAGUGGUUCAUACGGCCGGUCUGUUGGACGAUGGAGCCCUCCAAGACUUGACUCCGGAACGUAUCAAUCGAGUCCUUGGGCCCAAAGUUCAUGGCGCCUGGAAUCUGCACCAAUCUACUCAAGGGCUAGAUUUGGACAUGUUUUUGAUAUUCUCUUCCAUAUCAGGUAUCAUUGGAAAUCCCGGACAGUCUUCUUACGCCGCGGCCAACACAUUCCUUGAUGCGCUAGCGUACUUCCGCCGGUCUCAAAGACUUCCAGGAACCUCAGUAGCUUACGGCCCUUGGGCAGGCGGUGGUAUGGCAGAAAAACUCAGUAAAUUAGGUCUCGCACGCUGGCAACGCAUGGGUUUCAAUAUGAUCCAGUCGGACGAAAGCCUGCAGCUUACCGAGAACGCUAUACGCAGCGGUCGCCCACUUGCGGCGGUGGCUGUACUUGAUCCAGGUCGAUUACAUAGGUUCCUCUCCAAUGAUCUGGACGAAAGAUCGACUCUUUUGAGCCUGCUCCAAGGCCAGAAAGGACGCAAAGUCCCGCCAAAAGACCUCAAGAACAAGAAAGAAGAUCUUCGAAGUAUGCUGAAGCAAAGUGCUGUCACUGAGCAAGGGGAGAUUGUUCUCACUACGGUGAAGGCGACCGUUGCCAGAAUAUUAGGAAUCGCGCAUAGCGGGGAUGUGGACAGCGAUCGCGCCUUGCAAGAUAUUGGCAUAGACUCGUUGACAGCAGUGCAGGUGCGGAAUCAUCUGGAGAAGUCGACGGGCUUGAAAUUGAAUGCCAGGAUUGCCUUUCAAUAUCCAAAUCUCCGGGCCCUGAGUAAAUUUCUUCUCACCAGCCUACAAGAAGACAUGAUGGAUUCAGACGAUUCGAGCACUGGCGAUAUUUCGACACCUCCGACUUCCGUGAAAUCCGAGUCGAUUGCACCGAGUAUUGAUAUAGCUGCAAUCAAAAAAGGCUAUCUGGACCCAACUCUUAAAUUUAGAUCUACGGAACCCACUAAGCCACCCAAUGCCGUAUUUGUCACAGGGGCCACAGGUUUCGUGGGUGCUUUCAUUGCGGCAGAGCUCUUGAGCAUGGGCAUUUCUGUUCAUUGUCUCGUGCGCGCUGGUUCCGACCAGGCUGCUAGACAACGGCUACUCGAUUCUUUAGCAGCCCAUGAUUUGUGGAAACCCAGUUUUGAGCCACUUCUUCAUGCGAUUGUCGGGGAUAUGUCACAACCACUGUUUGGGUUACCAGAUGAACAAUUCCAGUAUUUGACAGAGACUAUUGAUUCAAUCUGCCAUUCAGGUGGUCUUGUAGACUGGGUUCGUCCACUUGACGACUAUCUCGGUCCAAACAUUGUUAGUACCCAUGAGAUACUACGUUUAGCAUCACAAGGUCGGGAGAAAACAGUGCACUUCAUCUCCACCAUGUCUACUCUGCCAGUGUAUAUGGGCCUCGAGCUGGUAGAAGGGGACGGAGAAUAUGGCUAUGCUACUUCAAAGUAUACAGCUGAACGGAUGGUUGCAGCUGCACGCUGGCGUGGAGCCAACGCAUCUGUCUACCGGUUGCCGUUCGUCACAGCCUCGACUGAAAGCGGCUGCUUUCGGUUGGACCGGGGUGAUUUUAUGCACAGCUUCAUCUCUGGUUGUCUUGAAAUGGGAUUCUUCCCCUCGCUGGACGGAGCAGAUCUCGCAGCAGUCCUGCCUGUAGACUAUUUGGCUACAACCAUCGUCACAAAGAUGACGCAAGAUUUUGAAAGCGUUGGCAAGGAUUACGACUUUGCGAAUGCAAAUCCUCUUAGCUUCAAUGCGUUCUGGAAGUUAUUGAGUCUGGCCAGUGCUGGGCAAGAAAUCGUGCCAUUCGUUGAGUGGCGAGAACGGGCAUUUGCUCAUGUUGCGUCCCAUCGAGAAUCCCCACUUGCUCGUAUUAUGGCUUUGAUUGAUGGGGUAAAGGACGAGAAGAAUGCAGUGGCAUUCGUCACUGGCCCCAUGGUUGGCCCAGAAGUGCUUGGAGGCAAAAUCUAUCCGGUGCCAGAGAUAGACGAGCGAGUGGCCAGGAAUUAUGUGACUCGGAUUACAAUCAACAGUCGAGGGUUCAAAACGGGCGUCUGAGAGCGUUUAGUGUGUUCAUCAAAAAGUUUCUUUACCUUGAUAUCACGUCAGACCGCAAGUGUACGCCGUUUCCAAGUAAUUGCAAUUAAGUUAAACGACUGACGAAGAACUUAAUACAUGUUCGUGGCCGAAAAUUUAUCCAGGAUCUAGGUUGCAACAGAUAGUGGGCAUGCAAAUGACAGAUGGAAGGCUGGGAGAGCAACAAGCCCGUGAUAGAAAUCAAACGUCCUUAACAAACGGGCGGACAAAUGAAAGAAUGAAAGCAUCUAUGAGUGAUGCAUAUCUGAGAGGGGGGUAGAUGGAUUAUGUAAGCAGAAGACGCGUCGGAGGUCUCUACUAGUAGCUUAAGCUACUGAGACGCGCCGCGCUAAUUCUCAUUCGACUAGCU